CGUGUGCUGCUGGUGUGUGUCCUCUGCGUGCUGUGGUGCGGUGCCGGCGGUGGUGAAUGUUCUGAAACAACUCAAGAACCUUCGGGUACUACGCCCGAUGAGGAACCUCAAAAAGAAAAAGAGGUUGUCGGUGGCGCUGGAGAAGGUGUCCAAAGCGGUCAAAAGACGGCGUCACAAGCAGCAGCACCAACGAUUUCAGAGUUACCGGAAGGGGUACCGUGCCCGUCACAGGCAACACAACCCGGAGAAGCAUCAGAAAAGGAAGACGCAGCGAUGGACAACCAGGAUCGAAAUGCACAAGAAUAUAAAAAGGAGGAGAAAAAGGAAGAAAAAGCGGAAGACGAGGAGGAAGACGAUGAUAAGAAAGAAAAGGGGGAUACAAGGAAAGAAGAAGCUGUUACCAGCACCACAGAGGGGAUAACAGCAGGCGGUCAAGAGCAGCCAAUUAUAUCUUCUGGUGCGGAGGGAGCAUCGAAUAUAACAAAUCCCAACAGCACACCAACAACUGGAGACGAUGCUCCAGCAGCUGAUGCCGCAGGGACAGCAGAGGGAAAACAAAAUGAAAAUAAAGAUGCCAAUCCGAAAGAAAGACCAGUCGAAGCCACAGCCACGAAAAUCACAACGGCGACGACUGGCGACAGUGACGGCAGCACCGCGGUCUCGCACACCACCUCCCCUCUUUUGCUUCUUCUUCUUGUUGUUGCGUGUGCGGCUGCGGCUGCGGUGGUGGCCGCGUGA